GAAGUUUAUUUUAAUACUUCCCUCCCUCCUUUAGAAGAUUGAAUAAGCCUGAAGCAGCACUGAGUUGAUUAGACACAUCAAGCGUUAGAGAAGAGACGAUGGUAGAUCUUUAAUUUUUUUCACGAUUUUAUUUUAAAUCCUAAAGCUGUGUGCGCAAGUUUAACAACCGUUCCGUUGGUACUAAAAAAAGCGGAAUUGAAAACUGUCCGUUUGUAUCAGCUGCGUGGAUAUCAAACAAACGGAGAAAUUGAGUAUCGACACUAAAAGUAACUUUGUGUUUUCUUUAAUGGUGCAGAUCACAAUAUGAACUUUACUGACAUGAACAAUGACCAUACAGAAUCUUCUCACUCAGGCGAAGAAAAUGAAAGAACUAUAACUAUCAUAAACUCAGCGCUAAACGUUCCAUUGAUACUGAUGUCAAUUUUAGGAAACGGUUUAGUCGUGGUCAUUAUAAUGAAAAAUCGUAGUCUUCAAUCUCCAUCCAUGACAUUUCUGUUCAGCCUGGCGCUAUCAGACCUUCUUGUCGGUUUGGUCGCACAACCUCUUUAUAUCGCGAAUACCUUGACAACUAACAUUCAUUCUUUAAGACUUGCAACAGGUAUGAUGGCUUUUUUCCUCUGUGGAGUGUCACUGGAUACGGUAACAGCCAUUAGUGUGGAUCGCCUCAUGGCGCUCACGUAUCACCUAAGAUACCCUAGCUUGGUGACUCCGAAUCGAGUAAGAUACACGAUAAUGCUGAUUUGGUUGUCCAAAGCCCUAACGUCAAGUCUUUACCUUUGGAAGAUGCGCGAAUGUCAUUUCGUAGUUGCCUUUACCACUGUAAUGAGUCUUAUUAUUUCGACAUUGUCGUACCUCAAAAUCUAUGGCAUAGUUCGUCACCACAGGUUGCGCAUUGACGCGCAGCAACAGGCGUUCCGAGGCAAUUCCAACGCAGAAAACGUUGCGCACAUGGAACGUUUGAAGAGAAGUGCAUUGAAUAUGUUUGUGUUCUACAUUGUCUUGAUUUUAUGCUACUUCCCCAUGUAUAUAUUAUCUACUCUUCACGGAGCCUCUUUACUGAAUUGGAAAACCAAAUGGGACUUUGUUCAUACCGCCGUGUUCAUGAACUCCUCCAUUAAUCCAAUUUUAUACUGCUGGCGGCUUCCCGAACUUAGAGCAGCAGUUGUAAAGAUAUUGCGCAAGAUAUUCCGCGUUCAAACACAUCAAAACUGAAUGACAACAUUUGCUCAAUUUAUAGAAAGUCAAUCUCUACUUGAGAAUAUUCGUUCCUCCUUCUGCUAAACCUAGUUAAUGGCACAUCUUAUCGCAUAAAUAUGUGAAUAUAGUGGCUUAAUUUUAAGCUAAACUUUAGCAAACAAAGUAAAGGUGAGAAAACGUUUAUCCUCUGAGUUAAACGAUAGCAUUCUAUCUACUUUGGAAAAAGGUUUUAAUUUUGAAGAAUUUGCGAAUUAUUCUCGAUCCUCAGAAAGGCGAUCUGCCGCAAAACAUCGUCGUAAAAUUUCGCCGCUAUCAGUCCACUAAGAAAAAGACCGCUUAAAAACCGUCGAGCAGUUUGGCUGUGAGAAAGCAAAACAUUAACAUUCAUUUUAAGUUGAAAAAAAAAACAGAGCUUAGACAAAUAUUUACCAUCGAAAACAGAAGUACACGAUCAAAUGGAAUUCAGUGAAAUAUACUCAACCGCGAAAUUGACCUCGUUAUAAAAAAUGAAAAUCUCUCGUUUCGGUUUCCUUCCGACACUAAGUUUCUUCUGCUUGGAUAUUGGAAGAGUUAUAUCCCUUGCCAAAACCCAGAGCUCUUGAUUGGGAAAUAUUUUUUCCAGAAACAGAAACAAAAUAUCUCGUUGGUCAGCGAAAUAAACUCUGCCCCCACAAGAUUUUCGUGACAUUCGUUAUAAAUUACAUUUAAAGUUGGCUGUAGGGUAUAUAUAUUAUUCUCAGUCAAAAAGAUUUGUUGAGGCUAUCAUCAACAAAAUAUACAAAACUUUUAAGAAUUUCUUGGAUAGAAUUUAGAGAAAAAUAGAGUUAAGCAGUAAGCAUUUCAAUUCUCUCAACAAACAGAAGUUUUUUUUCAAGUUGAAAAUUCAAGUUUGCUCUAUGGAUGUUAAUGUCAAUGGAUGUAAGAUAAAAUCGUUUAGUAUAAUUUUAUUUACAUAACAGGCUUUAUCAGUUGCUUAUGCAAAACCAUGAUGGGAACAAAUUCAAGGAUGAGGAAGGAGCUAUCUUCUGAAUAGAAACAGGUUAAUUCUCCAAAAAAUAAAGUUAGCUCGGGGGUUAGCAGCAAAUCCGAGUGAAUUUGAAGUCGCAGCUGGGCACACAUUAAUAACAUAAAUAUAAAGGAGUUUAAUUAAUGCUAAGGAUUAAUUCACUUCAAGAUAACAUAUCGGGUGCUUCUACCUGCUGUUUUAAUAAAUUUAGAUCUGUUCAAGAUAAAUAGAAACUUUAUAUUCUCUUGAUUUAGAUCUAGAGCGCCGAUAAUUUCAGAACCAAGUAGCGGAUUAACAGAUAUACCAUUUUUUUUUUAUGAAAGCGCUAAACAUAUUUUAUAAGUGUUAGAAGAUGCUUCGAAAUGUUUUGUAGAAUACACGGUGAUGGAAACAGAAGGCAAAAG